AUGGCAGCUUCUGAAAGGAUUAUACAACGAAAAGCUUUAGGAAGAGUAGCAGCUAUUGGAUCACUUUACGAUGCUACGAAAGAUACAUUUUGCAAAAUUUCAGUAUUUAAGGCUGCGUUACCGCCUAAUACUAUAAACAGAGUAAAUAUUCCUAAUACUAGUCUAGAAUAUGAUUAUGAAGAUUCAUACAUGAAAAAAUUUAACAUUUUAGAUGUUGACCCUCAGUUAAGAAUAAGUGUUCUUUUAGGUUUAGUUUCAUUAGAUGGGUCCGGCAAAUAUCUAAAUGAUAGAAAAGACAGUCUUAGAACUGUAAAAGGCACACUAGUAUAUAAAAUGACUUCAGUUGAAGAAAAUCUCGAGAUUUUUAAUGAAAAUGUUAAAUCGUAUAUUUCAACAGAUGCGUUUAAUACGCUAGAAGCAACACACGUAGUAAUAGGUAUAAAAUGGGGGGCAACCAUUAUGGCAUCGUUCGAAUAUAAGGGUACAAAUAUUGACAAUAGAUCUCAAGUAUUCGGAGAAUUGAAAACUCAUCUUGUAGAAAUGUCAACAUCAAUUUCUGCAGGUGCAGGUGUACAUGUAAACGUUGAAAAUGGAUCACGUAAAACCAUUAACCAAUUCUCAAUUAAACUAUUAGGUGACAUUAUUCCAUAUACAAUUCCUCAAUCCUUUGAUGAUGCAAAAAAACUUUUUUCGAAGCUUCCAUCAUCUAUCAAAGCAUAUAAUGAUGGAAAAG